CCCGGUUCUGCCCGCUGCUGCUCUGCGUCUCUCCCCAACAUCGCCGGAAAAUAGGCCGGGACGAUCUAGCGCAGAGAAGAAGAAAAGGAGAAAAAAGCGGGAAGGGAUAGAAUCGCCGCUGCCGCCGCUUGAUCUUGUUUUGAAAGUUGCUCCGGCUGUUUCGUCCCACAGCGCAGGCGCUGCCGCAGCGAGGCCGGCCCGGGCUUUGCCAGAGCCGCCUGCAGGAGGAGGAUCAGGGCUGCAGCUUUUUGCUCUCAUCCCACCCACCCACCUCACCUCUGAUGAACCUCGCAUCCAGCUAGCCCCGCAAGCGACUGCAGCCGGAGGAAGCGAGGGAGGGGAAUUUAUCCGAAGCAGCAGCUUGCUCCGACGCCUGGGCCGUUCCAGAUAGACGACCUUCCUGGGGCCGCCGCUUAAUUAGCCGGGAUGGCCGUUCCGCUUAGCGACAGCGAAAAAAGGAAACAGAUCAGCGUGCGGGGCAUCGCCGGGCUGGGCGAUGUGGCGGAGAUCAGGAAGAGCUUCAAUCGGCACCUCCACUUCACUUUGGUGAAAGAUCGGAAUGUGGCCACCCCGCGGGAUUAUUUUUUCGCUUUGGCGCACACUGUGCGCGAUCAUUUGGUGGGACGAUGGAUCCGCACCCAGCAGUAUUAUUACGAGAAGGACCCCAAGCGUAUUUAUUACCUGUCUCUGGAAUUCUACAUGGGCCGAACACUUCAGAAUACGAUGGUGAACCUGGGUCUGCAGAAUGCCUGUGAUGAAGCUAUUUAUCAGCUUGGCCUUGACUUAGAAGAGUUGGAAGAGAUUGAGGAAGAUGCUGGCCUUGGCAAUGGAGGACUGGGGCGUCUAGCAGCUUGCUUUCUGGACUCUAUGGCAACACUGGGGCUUGCAGCCUAUGGCUAUGGGAUCCGUUAUGAAUUCGGCAUUUUUAAUCAAAAGAUUGUCAAUGGCUGGCAGGUAGAAGAAGCUGAUGAUUGGCUGCGCUAUGGCAAUCCUUGGGAAAAAGCCCGCCCUGAAUACAUGCUUCCUGUACAUUUCUAUGGUCGAGUAGAUCAUACUCCUAAUGGGGUUAAAUGGGUUGAUACUCAGAUUGUUCUUGCCAUGCCUUAUGAUACACCUGUUCCAGGAUACAAGAACAAUACAGUGAAUACCAUGAGACUGUGGUCAGCCAAGGCACCCAAUGAUUUCAACCUUGAAGAGUUUAAUGUUGGCGAUUAUAUCCAAGCUGUGUUGGAUAGAAACCUAGCAGAAAACAUAUCCAGAGUGUUGUACCCCAAUGAUAAUUUUUUUGAAGGAAAGGAAUUGCGUCUGAAACAGGAGUACUUUGUGGUAGCUGCCACACUCCAAGACAUCAUACGACGAUUCAAGUCUUCCAAAUUUGGAUGCCGUGACCCAGUGAGGACCUGUUUUGAAACCUUCCCUGACAAGGUUGCCAUUCAGCUAAAUGACACUCACCCAGCUCUCUCCAUUCCCGAGCUCAUGAGAAUUUUUGUUGAUGUUGAACAGAUGGAUUGGGAUAAGGCCUGGGAAAUCACAAAACGAACCUGUGCAUACACCAAUCAUACAGUGCUGCCUGAGGCCCUGGAGCGCUGGCCGGUAUCUAUGUUUGAGAAGCUCCUGCCAAGGCACCUGGAGAUCAUUUAUGCUAUCAACCAAAAGCAUUUGGAUUAUGUGGCUUCCCUCUUUCCUGGAGAUGUUGACUGCCUCCGAAGGAUGUCUGUGAUUGAGGAAGGAGACUGCAAGAGGAUCAAUAUGGCCCACCUGUCUGUUAUUGGUUCUCAUGCAGUCAAUGGAGUGGCUCAGAUUCACUCGGAGAUUGUGAAGAAUUCUGUAUUCAAAGAUUUCUACGAGAUAGAGCCAGAAAAAUUUCAAAACAAAACCAAUGGUAUCACUCCCAGGCGAUGGCUUCUGCUGUGUAACCCAGGACUCUCUGAAGUCAUUGUGGAGAGAAUUGGGGAAGAUUUCCUAACCGAUCUUAGCCAGCUAAAGAAGCUGCUGGAUUUUGUCAAUGAUGAAGCCUUUAUUAGGGAUGUAGCUAAAGUUAAACAGGAGAAUAAACUGAAGUUCUCAGCAUACUUGGAAGAGCAGUACAAAGUGAAAAUUAACGCAUCCUCUAUGUUUGAUGUGCAUGUCAAGAGAAUUCAUGAAUACAAGAGGCAGCUCCUCAAUUGCCUACAUAUAAUCACUCUCUAUAAUCGCAUCAGAAAAGACCCUAAAAAAUCCUAUGUGCCAAGAACAAUUAUGAUUGGAGGAAAGGCAGCUCCAGGCUACCACAUGGCAAAAAAGAUUAUCAGAUUGAUCACGGCCAUUGGAGAAAUUAUCAAUAAUGACCCCUACAUAGGAGAUAGACUCAAAGUCAUAUUCUUGGAAAACUACAGAGUAUCUCUUGCUGAAAAAGUGAUUCCUGCUGCAGAUCUAUCUGAACAGAUAUCUACAGCUGGGACUGAAGCUUCGGGGACAGGAAACAUGAAAUUCAUGCUGAAUGGAGCCCUCACUAUUGGGACCAUGGAUGGGGCCAACGUGGAAAUGGCUGAAGAAGCUGGAGAAGAUAAUCUGUUCAUUUUUGGCAUGCGGGUGGAUGACGUAGAAGCAAUGGAUAAGAAAGGGUACACUGCUAAGGAAUACUAUGACAGGAUUCCAGAGCUCAAGCAAGUUAUUGAUCAAAUAAACGGUGGCUUCUUCUCACCAAAUGAUCCUAGUUGUUUCCACGAUAUUGUCAAUAUGUUGAUGUAUCAUGACAGGUUUAAAGUAUUUGCUGAUUAUGAAGCCUACAUCAAAUGUCAAGGGCAAGUGGACCAACUAUACAUGAAUCCUAGGGAAUGGACUAAAAAGGUAAUUAAGAACAUUGCAUGCUCUGGCAAGUUUUCCAGUGACAGGACAAUAACUGAAUAUGCCAGAGAGAUCUGGGGAGUCGAACCUUCUGCUGUGAAAAUUCCACCUCCAAACAUACCUAGGGAGUAAAUCUGCCAUUAGAAAGUGCAUGAAAUUACCCUGAUGGGCUUCCUGCUGCCGCUGCUGCUAAGACAUACCUGCUUUCCUGUGACUUUUCUGCAGAUGAAUUCAAUCAUGUAUUUUACCGCACUUUGGCUUGUUUCAUCUUUAUAAGCAUAUAUCUGAAAUGAGAGCAGCUGGUGCUUCAGAUAGUAAGAAUUAGUUGACCAAAACUUAUAGGCUGUAAUAAGAUUCAAGAUCUGAAACAGAAAGUUUAAGCAAAAAAAGGUAUUCUAAUCUUGCCCUCUUUUAAAAACCCAGUAGACCAAUGUGGUUUAUAUGUAUCCAUGCUCCUCAAGCCCCCAAACUUGUUAAUUCCUAUGGCAGUUCCCAAGUGGUCAGUCAGAAGAUGCCUACAAAGUCCAGAACUGAAUGGAAAACGUGAUUCCACAGGGAUAAUAAGUGUUGCCUUCUGGAAUGAAGCUAGACUGGAACCCUUCUUGUAACCAAGGAGAAUGCUUUUUCCACAUAACUCAUCUUGAAGUCACUUCUCUGUCUUAACUGCAGUGGUGUCUGCAGCAAAUGGAGGCUGCAUCAAAAUGACACAUAGCUGAUGGCAUCAUGACACAAACAUUGCUCUUAGGUACUUGUAUUCUGAUGACUAACACAAAUGUCCAGUGGUGGAUUUAGCAUUCUGACACACAUUUUAUUCCUUGUCCCUCUUCCCCUCCCCUCCACACCUAUGCUCAUUAGAAGAACCAUUGCUGUUCUCCUGGACAGUUCUUUUUAAUCCAAAAUCAUUUUAAGUGACUAGUUAUCACAAACGGAAAAAUCAGGAUACUUUUUCCUAUAGGGACAUGAAGUUCAAAGUGGGUUAAAGGCACCAAAGAACCUUCUUGCUUUCCUCUAAAAUGAGAAUUCCUGAACAACCUGUGAUUCAUAAAGUUAGCAUCCAGUCUGGUGCCCUCAAGAUGCAUUGGGACUGCCCAGUCAGCCCAAAUUAAGUCCGAUUCCCGUAUUUUGUGAUCUGCUGGAUUCUGGAUAAUUUUCAGAGCAAGUGGCAGUAAAUAAAAAAAUUAAGACAUUUGCUUAGCCUCAUGGUAGUUUGCUAAGCUUUGCUUUAGGAACUAGACUUUAUCUGUAUGUUUCAAAUUGUGCAGUUAUAUGGAUUAUUUAAAACUAUCUUAUAUAAAGAGCAGACACUGAAAUCACUUCUCAUACUGAAACCACUCCAUCCAGAGUUUUCCUUGAGUCAGUGUUGUCUCUAGAGGUCACAUUUUUAGUAUUUUAAAAGUAUAUUGGGAAACCCCAUGAAUUUUAAUUUCAGGCAAUAACAUCACAAUUUUGCAAUCUAUCAGGUCUUCUAGCCUGGAUUGCUAAAUAAUUUUUCUUUUUUACAAAUACUGAGGAAAUCAACUAUAUUUUAGAGCCCAAUCAAUCCUUAAAUGGCAACUUUAUUUGUAAAUGACCAGAAUGGAAAUGAAUGUAUGUUCUUUAAGUUUCCUGAACCAAAACAUUAAACAAACAUGCUGUUUUCCUUUCAGACUUCUUAGUAGAGGCAUUAUCAAUCUAAUACCAGGUCAAAGAAAUAAUGAAUAUAAUCCAUAAAGUAUUCCUUCUCUAAACUGAUGCCCUCCAAAUAUUCUGUGGUAGCAAUUCCACACUGUCAGGGAGUUAUAUAGGAGCAGGAGGCUAGAAACAGCUGCUUAAUCUCUGCCUCUCCCUAGAUUAAUUUUUAGGGUCACCCCAUAUAGAUGAACAAUACAACUUAAUCUAUCAAAUGUAGGAAAUCAUGACCACAGUUUUCUGAACAGACAGCAAAUAGGCACGCAAUAAUAGCAUUCCUCACUUAACAGGAGAGAGACUCAAAAACAGGUGACAGUUUUGUCAGAACUGACACUGUAAUCAUCUGCUGAGAAGUUAGGACACAGAACUGAGGCAGAUCAAUAUCAAUAAUCAAUAGCACAUUUAUAUAUCGCUUCACAGUGCUUUACAGCCCUCUCUAAGCAGUUUACAGAGUCAGCAUAUUGCCCCCAACAGUCUGGGUCCUCAUUUUACCGACCUCGGAAGGAUGGAAGGCUAAAUCAACCUUGAGCCUGGUGACAUUCGAUCUGCCAAAUUGCAGGCAGCAGAAGUAGUCUUUAGUACUGCAUUCUAACCACUGUGCCACCGCAAAGAGGUCUUUUCCGCUAACCAGGACUAGUCAAUACCCAUAUCAAUCUAUUGGAAUGGUAUGAAACACAAUAAUUUCAUAAAUUUCAAGAGCCAUAAAUAAACAAAAUUUCAAUGCUUGCAUUAUUCCAGAAAACAACAAAUUGUGAAAGCAAAACUGAUAUUCAUUUUGUAUCAGUCUGCUGUAUUUUUGUCUAACCAAAGUGGAUGAAAUUGAAAUAAAAUAUAUGGUUUUCUACUUUGUGUAGGCCAUAACUCACUAAAUAAUUGCUAAAAGUUCAUUUCUUCCAAGUUUAUGCAAAUUUAAGUAUGUUAUAGAAUAUAUUGGUAUGUUUACAGCUAUAGUACCUCAUUUCAGAUGAACUUUGGGGUUUUAUAACUUAUUAACUCAAGAUGUUUAUAAGUAUGUUAUUCACAUGUUCAGGUUUUUUUUAAAUUUGAUGUUUGUGGUAUAUAGCCGUACUUAUACAAUUGUAACUUUCAGGCUCAUCCAAAAAAGAUUCUUAGCACAAGCCAAGCUGUUAAACCACAGUUUAAGAUUUAUUUACAAUUGUAGCUUAUUCUAAAACUACUAAUCAUCAUUUCUUAGCUCACAGAAAUUGGAAUCUGUGAUUAAUUGGAAUCUCUUUGGUCUAAUUGUAGCAAACGUUGUGAAGAAAUUCCUACCAAUCUGGGUUUAUAAACUGAGAUUAUAACAAUAUGGCUACAAUUUUACUCCAUAGAGUAGUAAUUAUUUUCAGAAUGUUAAUUAUGAAGGAGUACUUGGUUUUCAUAGCAAUACCAUCCAUGUCAUUGUAAGUUGUGUUCUAGAAUGCCCAUGCAUUAAUGAAAGAUGAUUAACCAGAGAUUGGCAAGAACACAUGUCUGCCACCCCUGAUUGGCUAACUGAGGAAUUCCCAAAGAGCUUGCCUAAUUUACUGUUUGAAAAUGCCUGUCAUAGAGUAUCUUAACUUAGAUAAUGAAAAGCCCAUACCAUUGUGUUGCCUCAGUACUAGAAAGCCUUGCUUUUUUAACCCUUGCAGAUUCCUUCUUGCUAGACUCAAACCAUCUUAAUUGGUACUUACAGGUAUUUCCUGUUUCUCAGAUAUUAGGCCCUCUUGUCCUUAAUCAUGAAGGGCAAGCAUGCUCCAAAUGAAUAAAGUAGUCAUUGGGACAUUAAUAAAAUAUUCUGAUGCUUCUUGAGUGGAUUAUAUACCCAAAUAAUUACAAAUGCAGCACGUUAUCUAGAAGCCAGCCAGAUAAAGAAAAAUCAAGAAAGAUCAUCCAGUACGUUAAUUAAUAGAAAGAAAUAAUUCUACAAAAUUAUGAAUUUGCUUAAAUCCUUGUUCCUUGCACAUUUUUCUCAUGCUGACAAGCAAAAAUUCAAAUCUUAUAAAACAGAUACAGAUAGUAAUAUUUAUAUAGCCUUUUGAUAUUAUCGGUUAGGGGCCUAAUCUGACUUUUAUAGCAUUGAAAAUACAGAAUCAAGCAGGGCCUACUAUAAGGGAUGGCAUUCCCUCAUCAGUUUACUAAAAUAAAUAAAUAAAUAAAUAAAUAAAUCAGUAUCCCAAAUUCAUCGUAAUAGUUCUUUAGCUAGCCUGGUCCUAAUCCAACCAAUGUUACUCUUUAAUAAGCAAAGUGAUAUUUAUGUCCUACUAAAGAUGAAACGAAUGUAGUUAACUAAUUGGAUUGAGCAAUUUCUUGGCCAAUCACAGAAAAUAGGAAUAAAUCAGCAAAAUCAGGGAAAAGCUUUAAAAUACUGACAAUUAAGUUAGCCUUUAACAAGCUGAAGGCUUGAAUUGACAAUUUCUCACUAAACAAUUAAGUAUGUAUAUAUAAGCUCAAAAAGUCUUACCUUUUCCCUGCUGGCUGAUGUAAAAAAUGAUGUCAUCUUAAUUGUUUUAAGAAAUAAAAUUAUGCAGUUAUAUAGCAAGUUCACAACUAAGUAGUAGUUGAAUAUGAAAGCUCUGUUGAAAAAGCAUUGAAAAAUUCACUAUAUGUUGUCAUCAGGCUGCACAUGAAAGCCAUCCUUAAGUGCAUUUAAGACAAGGGCUAAUCUCCACAACACUUUGUACCUAUUAGUUUUAUUUGGUUGUUGCUCUUAGUAAGUAACCAUUCUACUUGCCUUCCACUGCAUAGUCAAUUUAUUCCCACAUUGAAGAAAAUAGAUUGGCCAUUCCUGGUUUGAAGCUCAUAGAUGCUGGAUAUUGGCUGGGUACAAAUCCUUUUACUAUGUUUUUGUCAAAGGCAGUAUAUAUAUAUAAUGGAGGAAUUCCAGGGAGCACAAUAUUGUGUUAAAAAAAUGCUGCUAAACUUUUCUUCGAUAUGAAUUGUUUUUAGGCUGAUUACAGCUCAGUGUUCCCAUGAUUCAUUUUAAUGCCAUGAAUGCUUCAAAUAAGGAAACCAAGUUGAUUUACUCUUUUCAGCAUAUACAGAACAUUUUUCCCUAAAUAGUGUGGACUGUGUUGUUCUUAUUUAAAUCUAAGUAAAGUAUCAGGUUUCUGCUGGGGAAGUUUUAUCAUGUCUUGAAAUUUGUGAAUAAAAUAUUGCAUGUUCGCAAGCAUUCCCAUCUCACAUGUAUUUUACAUUACACUCUUAAGAAUGUGUUCUGUUCCUGGUUAUUUUUCUUAAUGGUCUGUAAAACUAUUGUGAGCAACACUGACUUUAGAGAGGAUAUCUCGUCAAGCAACAACUAGCCAGGCAGGAGGCUGAAGCAAGCAAAUUAGCAAAUUUACUGUGCUUGCUAAAUAAAUGUACUUGUCACAAUCAUGUCAUUUACAAAACUAAUUUUGAGUUUGUUUUAAUGUGUGUGGUGUGUUUAUAUGAUAUAGUACUGUUAUUCUCCCGUGUUUUCAAAAUAUUAAACUUCCAUGAACAUUGCA